AUGUAUAGCCCAAACUCCCCACUAGGUACUAACUCAUUGCAUUAAUUAAGCUAUCUUGUAGAUCCUAGAAUGAUGGAAGUCCAAAUAACCUAAGCAGGUCAGAACAAAUCUAGAAUAGAUUUCCCCUUGUAGAACGUCAAAAAUGUCUUGGUAAUAGUUACUUGUUCAAUUUAAGUAUAGUAUUGGGGAACUAUCAAAGUUGGUAAUCCACCUGUAGAUUUGAGAGCAGACUUUGAUACUGGGUCAACUAAUAUGUGGAUUGUGAGGACUUGCAAAUCAUAGAACCAACUGAGUGACUCCACAGUCUAGUAGAUAGAAUCCGAUUGCUAUGACCCUGCUUAAUCAUAAUCAGCUGUUUAACUAGAAGCAAGCUCAAAGAUUACAUUUGGUAAAGGACAUCUCCAAGGGCCAUGGGGUGAGGAUUCAGUAUGGCUUGGUGAAAUGGAAAUCAAAAAUCAACACAUGGCAUUCGCUGAAGUAUCUGACGCGUUUGCAGAUGGAACAGGCAUCUUAUUAGGUCUAGGCUUCCCAUCUAUGUCAGCAUACUAGUUCACCCCUGCUUUUGAUCAUAUGAUGCAGCUGGGAGUGCUGCCUCAUAAUGUGUUUAGUUUUUCUCUUGGAGUUGUUGAAGACACCCCAAGUCAUCUUAUAUUAGGAUAAAUCGAUGACAGCCAAUAUCAAGGCAACAUAAGCUACUAUCCAGUUGUUGAUUAAUAAUUCUGGACUAUAAGUCUAUAAGAUGUGCUUAUUGGGAAUUAAUCUCUAAAUAUCUGUUCAAAAGAUGAUCCUUGCUAUGCAGCUUUAGAUUCAGGAACAUCAUUUCUAACUUUUCCACCUGAAAAAUAUGAUAAACUCGCUAAGGAAUACCCAAAUAUCAAUUAAUGCCUUUUCGGAGUAAUGCAGCCAGAUCUCACAAAUUUAGAAAACCCUUAAAUGAUAGAAUGCCAUACCGUCAUUUCACCUUUGAAACUAGUUAGUUAUGCAGGCAAUGAUAUAUUUUUACUGGGUGAUGUCUUCAUGCAAUUAUUCUAUACUAUCUUCGACAGAGAUCAUGCUCGAAUAGGACUUGCCAAAGCAGCAAACCCACCCUAAUCAAACCGCAUAUUCUGA